GGCGGCGCAAUCAGUUGUUGAGCAUUUUGAAAGGCCUUUUUUUGAUCAAAGAUCACAUCAGAUUUAUCUGCACACCAAACAGAAUUUCGGGCCGUAAUGCAAGCGAUUGAAAUUCGAUCGGAAAUUAUUACUUUAGAACAGAUGAAUGAAUGUCGGGUCUGGAACUGAUUGCGAGAGACAGUAAGUCUGAAAUAGAAAGGAAUGCCGAAGCGGCGACGGUUUAUUUUUCACAACACUACAAUAAGGACGACGACGAGAGAAACUGGUCCUUUUCUUAUCUCAGGGAACAACUAUUAUUGAAAAAUUCUCAAGAAUUAUUUCGGCGGUACCAAGUUCGAGUCCAGCAUGCGCUCUUUGUUGAGUUACUUGUUUUCAACUUAGUUUACAAUGCUAUAGCUUUUUUUGCAUAUAUUUUUUUGCCAGAUGAGAAAAAUGAGCGUCUCACGGAUAUGUCGUGGGGAGCAAUUACAACCGGUCGAUGGUGUAGGAGCAUCAGCUUCCUCGUUCAUUUCUUCAUCUUCGUGGCUGCCUACAAAGAGAGCCUUUUCCGAAGCCCGAAUGCCAAGAUUGCGGCGGCUGGCAUUGUGCUGUUCUGCAUGAUCAUGGGAGAGAUGGCGACCAGCAUCUAUAGGUUAGGUCGAGGCCAUCAGGAGCCCAUAAUGCGUCAGACAUAUUAUAUAAUUCUGACGACCACAGUUCUCCUGCCUUUCCCGAGGAAACUCUACAGCGCCAUGUGUGGAGCGAUGGUGAUCACUAUCGACAUCGCCCUAUCGGCAAUGGGUUCUUCUAAGCUGAGGAAGCUGCAUGUUGUUCUGCUCGCUGAUCUGGUAUUCUUCCUGACCACCUUGCUAGUCGGAUUAUAUAUUCGAUAUCUGAUCGAAGUGAUGAGCCGUCGAGCAUUCUUGGAUAGGCGGGAAUGCGUUGAAUCCAAGAUCAAGAUCGAGACGGAAAAGAAUCAAGAGGAAAAGUUUCUACAAAGUAUCUUACCAACUCACAUAGCGAGUGAAGUUCGUAAUGAUAUUCGUAAAGCAAUCAGGGACGACGUGGACAAGCUGCAUAUGACACAAAAGCCUUUCAACAAACUUUAUGUGGAAAAACACAAGAAUGUGAGCAUUUUGUAUGCUGAUAUUGUGAACUCCAUGCUUCUAGCUGCUAGCCUCAAAGUAUCGGAUUUGGUGGCAACUCUCAACGAUUUGUUUGGAAGAUUCGAUGACGCCGCUGAAAAAAAUGGAUGUAUGCGAAUCAAACUGCUCGGGGACUGUUACUACUGUGUGAGUGGCGUCAUUGAUAAAAGUCCUAGGCAUGCAGAUAAUUCUGUAGUCACAGGAUUGGCAAUGAUCGACAUUAUAAGGAGUGUUCGGGAAAAGCGGAACAUUAAUGUGGACAUGAGGAUUGGGAUUCACACUGGCAACAUUCUUGGGGGGCUUCUGGGCCUCCGAAAAUGGCAGUUUGACAUUUGGUCCAAAGAUGUCACCAUCGCUAGUCACAUGGAGCAAGGUGGUGUACCAGGACAGGUCCACAUCACGCAGACUACGAAAGAUCUCUUGCAAGAUGACUGGUACGACAUUCAACCCGGAGAUGGCCAUCUUCGUGACUCCUAUUUGCAGACGCACGAAAUUAAAACUUACUUGAUAAAGCCUUCUGAUCAGCCAAAGAGUCGUAUGGGUACUCCAGAGAGCGACAAAGUGAGCAAUGGGGCUCGUUUCCAGCGGCAAUCGUCUACACAAAGCAACUGCAGAGUGAAUAUAACUAAACUUCAAAAGCGGCAAUCCAGUACUGACUUUUUGCCUAUGUCUAGACGUGGUGCUAUUGGAUAUAGCUUGCAUCAGUACAGAAAAAUGGUGAGCCAGGUUAAUAAAAUAAUGGAGAAUACUAUCGAUAAAAUGGCUCUGAGUAAAAGAGACCAAUGGUUUUCCCGCAUUGGUAUCCAACCCCUUCUUCUGACAUUCCGGGAGUCCGGAACCGAAAAGCCUUACCUCAACCAGCCGGAUCCUCUCUUCAAGCAUUACCUGACCUCCAUGCUCAUCAUCUAUCUCGGCAUCACCAUUAUUCAUGUGCUCAUAUGGUCCAGUACACUUGAGUUCUGGACUACUUACGGCUUCGUUCUUCUACUUAUUAUUGCUGCAUGCGUGUUUGCUUGGGUCGGAUACAUUUGGCUAUAUAUCAAGAAAGAUGACAAUGACAUCCUGCUGAAUUCGUCCGUUCUGAAAAUAUCUCGGACAGUGUGGAAAACAACAGGAUUGAGAGUAACCAUAUGGCUUGCCAUUUCCAGUAUGAUUCUGUUUUGCUCCAUUGUUGGCUUGAAUGAAUGUCUAGACAGUAGCUUCUUCCAGCCUUUUCAACAUCAUAAUAACACACUUGGGAAUGUUACGCACAUAGCCGAUGAUACAAAGAUUCCGAAUUGUGAAUAUCCUUGGUUCUACACUCUGAGUGCUGUCCUAGCGAUGACCACCACGUCCGUCUUUCUAAGGAUCCACUUUCUUCUCAAGUUGGUGGUGAACAGUGUGUCACUAGCAGCUUAUUGGUAUAUCAUUGACGUCAGGAGUGAAGAAGUCUUCAGGCAACAAGCGGCCAAGCUAGCUGAUUGGGAAGAAUUUGAUUUGCCAACAGACCGCAGUCACUGCUAUUACUUAACGUUUGUCCUUCUGAUUUUGCACAUCCUAGACAGGCAGGUGGAGUACAUUUGUCGAUUGGAUUAUUUAAUGAAAGUGAAGCUAAAAGCCGAGCAAGAAGAAGCCAGAACCAUGGAGAUGAUCAACAGAAUUCUGUUACACAACAUCUUGCCUCCUCAUGUGUCUCGAUUCUAUCUCAAUAAACAAUUAGAAGAAGAUAGCCAAAGAAUAGAAGCUUACCACGAAGAACGUUGUGCUGUGGCCGUAUUGUUCGCUUCCAUUCCUAGCUUCGCUGAUUUUUACUACGAAGACGGACAAAACGAAGAGGGGUUGCGUUGCAUCCAACUCCUCAACGAAAUCAUAUGCGAUUUUGAUUUGAUACUUGGGGAGAGAGAGUUCCAAGGUGUCGAAAAAAUCAAAACAAUUGGAAGCACCUAUAUGGCAGCAUGUGGUUUACAAGCGCAAGAUAGGGGCUCGUUGCAAGCAGAGGAGAACCCCAUUGAGAACGUGGUGACGUUAGUUAAAUUCGCAGUCAGCAUGAUGGAAAGGCUCAGCGAACUCAACAAAGAUGCCAUGCAGGACUUCCAACUCAGAGUAGGUAUUUCAGUGGGACCGGUGAUGGCUGGCGUUGUAGGAACAGUGAAGCCACAAUAUGACAUUUGGGGAGAUACCGUAAAUGUGGCCAGCAGAAUGGAAAGCACUGGGAUUUCGGGGCGGAUUCAGGUCACCAAGGAGGUUGCCGAUCUACUGUGUGCUUCGGAUUCUCCAUAUAAAUGUGAAUGCAGGGGAGAAAUCUUUGUGAAAGGAAAGGGAGAACUAACAACUUACCUACUGAAAACACCAUAUGACGAACCGCAUAUUCAAAUCACAGUGUUCUGAUCAAAUAAAUGCUCAAGUUUGCUCAGUAAAAAACGA